AUGACCAGAAAAGGUUUCAUGGCCCGUACGGGGAUCGAACCCGCGACCUUGGCGUUAUUAGCACCACGCUCUAACCAACUGAGCUAACCGGCCAUAUUUAUUAGCAAUCGUGACGUAAUCAAAACUCUUAAAGCAACUUACUGAAUAGAAAGUGAAACUUUCUGAGAGCUGACAGAGAGAAGUCUUCACCUGACGAGUUGCUGGUCUUUGCGGAGCUUCAUCAUCUUUUAUCAGUCACAUCUCUAAAGCAGAAUGUCAAUACAGUUCUCUGGCUGGGAGGUGGUCGACGAUGGUGCUUCUUUUCCUGGUGUGGAGCUGGCGGCGUCACAGAAACCACAAAACCGGGGUGUCUACACUAUGUACCAUGGGACCAGUGUUGCCAGUGCACGGCUCAUCAUCGCCAAUGGUUUUAAACAGUCAUCAGGUGGCAUGCUGGGAAAGGGUGUGUAUGUCAGUCGCAAUAAGAAAAAGGCGGCACAUUAUCCAUUAAGAAGUAGCCUUUCAGACCGUAUGGUCUUUGAGGUACGAGUGCGUGUUGGUCGCGUUAAGCGUAUCGACAAGGACAACCAUCCUAUGCAACUCACCUGGCAUGCAAAUGGUUACGACACUGCCUGGGUGCCCCCCAAUAUUGGCCUAAGAGCUGUGCCCAGCGGCCUAGAGGAGGAUUGUGUGUUUGACCCUAAAAGAGUGAAAGUCGUGGGCAUUGCAAAGGCACCAAACCCCACCAUCCUGGCAGAGCUUAAACAACUCAUUGCAAAAAGAUCCAAAGCAUCCGGGAGAGGAGGCAGUGAUGCUGCGGAUGUGUGUUCACUGUGUAAAAGAAAGACCCAGCAGGGUUCCACACACAUCAAGCAACAGUGCUGGAAGUGUGGGCAAAACAUCUGCAUCCUCAUGUCCAAGCAUUUCUGUCCAGACAAAUUCUCUGGCUGGGAGGUGGUCGACGAUGGUGCUUCUUUUCCUGGUGUGGAGCUGGCGGCGUCACAGAAACCACAAAACCGGGGUGUCUACACUAUGUACCAUGGGACCAAUGUUGCCAGUGCACGGCUCAUCAUCGCCAAUGGUUUUAAUCCAUCAUCAGGUGGCACGCUGGGAAGGGGCGUGUAUGUCAGUCGUGAUAAGAGAAAGGCAGAAAAUUAUCCAUUAAGAUGUCUACCUGCAGACCGUAUGGUCUUUGAGGUACGAGUGCGUGUUGGUCGCGUUAAGCGUAUCGACAAGGACAACCAUCAUAUGCAACUCACCUGGCAUGCAAAUGGUUACGACACUGCCUGGUUGCCCCCCAAUAUUGGCCUAGAGGAGGAUUGUGUGUUUGACCCUAACAGAGUGAAAGUCGUGGGCAUUGCAAAGGCACCAAACCCCACCAUCCUGGCAGAGCUUAAACAACUCAUUGCAAAAAGAUCCAAAGCAUCCGGGAGAGGAGGCAGUGAUGCUGCGGAUGUGUGUUCACUGUGUAAAAGAAAGACCCAGCGGGGUUCCACACACAUCAAGCAACAGUGCUGGAAGAUGUCAGUGCAGUUCUUUGGCUGGGACGUGACCUACGAUGAUGACUCUCCUCAUGUGGAGUUGAAGGCCUCUCAGGAGCCCAAAGACCGGGGUGUCUACACUAUGUACCAUGGCACCAGCAUAGCCAACGCACGGCUCAUCAUUGCCAAUGGCUUUCAGCAGUCACCAGGUGGCAUGCUGGGAAAGGGCGUGUAUGUCAGUCGCGAUAAGAAAAAGGCAGAACGUUAUCCUUUAAAGAAUAGCGUUUCAGACCGUGUGGCCCUUGAGCUGCGUGUGCGUGUUGGCCGUGUCAAGCGUAUUGACACGGACAACCAUCCUAUGCAAUACACCUGGAGCACGCAGGGCUAUGACACCGCUUGGGUUCCCCCCAAUUGUGGCAUGAAAGCUGUGCCCAGCGGGCUACAGGAGGAUUGUGUGUUUGACCCUGAAAGAGUGAAGGUCGUAGGGAUUGCAAAGGCACCAGACAGCGUACUGAAAGAGCUUCAACAGCUUGUAGCUAAUAGUCUCAAAAAUCCCACUGGAGGAGAUGGGGGAGCAGCAUCGCAUCAUGGCGGAGCUGUGGAUGUGUGCUCACUGUGCAACAGAAAGACCCAGCAGGGUUCUCCACACAUCAAGCAGUCAUGCUGGGGCUGUGGGCAAAACAUCUGCACUCUCAUGACCAAGCAUGUCUGUCCAGUUAGGUCCUGA